UCAUAAAAACAAUUUUUAAAAAGAAAAAAUUAUAUAGCUUUUUUUUUAUUGUCCAAUAUUAUUACGUAUAAGACAUAACUUACUAACGGAUUUACUGAAUUCAGACUACAAUUGCACUCAUAGUUAAUAUAGUGAUAUCUAUAUAAUAUUCAUAUAUCUACUAUAAAAUAUUAUCUACUGUAGAAGAAUAAAUAUGGCGUCUGAGAGUAAUACUGUUGAUACCGCUUAUACUAAAUUUUACACGCGGGAAGAAGUUGCUAAGCAUAAUAAUAAUAAAGAUUUAUGGUUUAUCAUUCAUAAUAAAGUUUAUAAUGUGACUGAAUUUACAACUCAUCCUGGAGGAGAAGAAGUACUUUUAGAACAAGGUGGUCAAGAUUGUACAGAAGUCUUUGAAGAUAUUGGACAUUCAAGUGAUGCAAGAGAAUUAAUGGAGAAAUUUAAAAUUGGAGAGUUAGUAGAAGAGGAAAGAACACAAGAAAAUAAUGAAUUUACUGAAGUAUCUGAAAUAAAUGGUUCUAGUGGUGCUUGGAGAUCAUGGCUGAUUCCUAUUGCUCUUGGGGUUCUGGCGACUCUUGUCUACCGUUACUUUAUUAAAGUACAUUGAAGCAUUCCAAAUAUUUAUUUUCUUUUUUGUAACUUGUAUUAUAUACACAAACAUUUAUUAUAAAUAAUUAAUCAAAGAAUAUUACAUAUAUUGCACACAAUGAUAGUCUUGUUUUAUGACUUGAAAUUGCACACUAUAAACUGGCCUAACAUAAGAACAAUUAUAAAAUAAAAAUUCAUUUGUUAUAUUGAAA